CAUUCCCUUCCUCGCCGUCGUCCGCGAGAGCGUCCAGCAGCAGCAGCAGCAGCAGCAGCAGCAGCAGCAGCAGCAGCAGCAGUGGAGUCCGGGGCACACAGCACGCUCAUCAUUCACAUUUCACCAACCUCACCUCACCUCUGUGCACCGUACGAGCAUUAAAAAGAAAGGCUGAUCCACAGAGAGCUAACGAACGGACCAAAGGAGACGUUUCAAGGAAACAACACAGGGGGACUCUGGCACUCCCCUCGCCCCGUUGACUAUCCCCCGUUCUAGAGGGAUCGUCGACCGCACUGUUAAGAAUUACGUAGCCAUAUAGAGCCGCAAGGAAAACCCAUAAGGAAUCAGCAAUCGUGACGAGUGAAAUCCAAGCAGAUUACCCCAUCAGCUGCCUCUUUCACUGAAAAUAGUUGACCCGCGGCAACAAUAUCCGAAGUCAAAGCGAAGCGAAACCCACGAAAAGGCGGUCCAAUGUAUCCGGGUUCUCGCUACGGAGGCCCAGCGACGAGUAGCAGCGACGAGCAGGUGCAGAAGAGGCGGAGGAGCAGCAGGCAGCAGAUAAUAUCGCGAAAAUGUCGUUACCGCGCGAGUGGAGUCUUCAUCAGCAGCAGAUCAACGGUGAGCUGCUACUUGGCCGUUCCCUCGACUAUGCAACGACCAACAUCGGCAAUGGUACAGCGUCGCAGAACGUCGCAGCAUCGACCCAGGACGUGGUCGCCGCCACCGCUUCUCCGCAACACGCUCACGACGAAAAUAUGAAUAACCAACAUCACAAUCUCUUAGGCUCGCUCUUCUCCAUACACUCAGCGCCUGUUUACGAUGUUUCUUGCAAUCCCGAUAACAACUCGUCCAUCAGGCCAGUUUCACUGGUGGUGCAAGCACAAGCGACAUCGACGCCAGUAGUGCCACCUCACUUGUCACCACCUGAUACUCUCGAGGACGAGGACAACGAUAACUUGCUGACGAUAUCGUCAUUGACGGCACGGCCUCUCAUUGCCAAAUCACGCGAGUUGAAUAAAAAGCGCGCCAAUCAUCAGAAGAAAAAGAAGCAAGACGACACUGGCGCAAAAUGCAAAGUCAAGCGAAGGAGAAGAAAGCUCAAUCUUGAACCAUUGGAUGGUGGUUACGGAUGGGUCAUCGUCAUCGGAGCUUUCUUCGUGCAAUUCUGGGUGGCCGGAUUGGUCAAAUCUUACGGGGUGUUUUACGUCGAGGUUAUGGAAAUGUUUACCGAUGCUUCGGCUUCGUUGGCUUCCUGGAUACCGGCCAUACUUUCCUGCUUGUGCUUAGCUCUAGCUCCAAUAACAAGUAUGCUAAGUCAAAAGUACAGUUGUCGAGCUGUAGUAUUUUUUGGGGGAUUGUUUUGUUCACUCGGUCUCAUGCUCAGUUAUUUUGCCACCAAUCUGAUUCACCUUCUAUUCACUUUCGGAGUUCUAACUGGUAUAGGAGGAGGUUUAUCAACAACACCAGGGAUAAUCCUCGUUUCGCAAUACUUUGACACGCACCGCGCCUUGGCAAACGGGAUCUGUGUGUCGGGGACUGCAGCUGGCAGCUUUGUCUUCCCACUAUUGAUUGAAUUUCUCGUAGUACAUUUUGGUUUUCACGGUACCCUACUAAUCCUUGGCGGCUGCAUGCUACACGUCUGCGUUAGUGCCAGUCUUUACCGUCCACUAGAGAAGAAUUACGAGAAUGAGGAUGUAGCCGAAGACGAGAGGAAAGAACCAGGAACAGUAAUUGUCGAACGCGAAACUCCUGAAGCUGAGAUCAAAAGGCAAAAACUGGAAAUGCUUUUCGCCGCUAAUGAUACCACCGCCAAGAACAACAUGGUCAACCAGAUGUUUCAUCAGAAUAACCAUGCUAAUGAGCCAGCAGUAGGAUUGACUGACAGCGAGGAGGAGAAGGACAUAAUGGGCGAGUCACUGAGGAUGAAGCCAAUCUCGAAGAUACGCAGCUCGAGUAUACUACAUAGCGUUGAAGACUUGUCAACGGAUUCGACUUGCUUCUACAAGAGCCGCUCGUCUCAAAGAUCUUUGCGAGCAUCAGCCUUAGCAGUGUGUCCAAAUGCACGAGACAGUAUAGGGGAUGUACCUCGGGUAGAUUCAGAGGCAGCGAUGCAACAACGGCACCAUAGUAGUCUGACAGCCGAGCAAUCAGCAUCAAAGGAAUCAUUGUCACAGCGCAUAAUCAACCGAUACAUCGACUUGACUUUACUUCAAGAGCCACACUUCAUUCUCAUGUGUCUUUCUGUUACCCUCAUGUCCACUGGUAGCCCGUACAUGCUUUACUAUCUGCCUGCCUAUGUACACGCGAGUGGUUACACCAAACCCGAGGCUGGAUACCUUGUGGCCAUUUCCGCUGUGUUGGAUCUGUGCGGUAGACUCGGUUUGGGAUAUCUGUCUGACUUGCAGCUUUUUGACAGGAGGAAAUGUUAUAUCAGCAGUAUCGUUGGAGCCGGCAUAGCAGUGUUAAUGAUUCCUCUAGCACAAUCAUUCUACGUUCUUGCUUGUUCCGUAAGCAUUUACGGUCUUUGCCUCGGCAGCUGGUUUCUUUUGGUUCCAGUACUGCUAGCUGACCAGUAUGGUACUGACAAGAUAUCAUCUAGUUACGGACUUGUUAGAAUGUUCCAGAGUAUCGGUGCUAUCACCAUUCCACCGUUAGCUGGAUUCAUGCGUGACAUGACGGGCAGUUACGAUGUGUGUUUCUUGUUCAUGGGCACGUGUAUGUUGAUGGGUGGUCUACCUCUGCUCCUCGUUUCCGAUAAUAACAAGGCCAAGCAACCCGACCAAGAGGCAGCUGCUCCUACCAACAACUGGAAGAUAGGCGAUGAUGAUAUUUUUGAAAAGAAGAAACGUUCUGUCGACGAGUGUUAAAUGUUGCUUUAAGAUAACUCAACAUUCAACUCCAUUUUAUGGUUUUAGACGCAAAUUGAAACAGUUGAUGAAAUCUUCGUUAAAUCUAUAUGUAGCUGUUUGGUUUCUUUGAUGCUUUGUGAUUUGAAUAAUAUAAUAAUUAUAUGAGACUAGCAAACACUUAUAUUAGCAAGAAAAAUUUUGAACUUAUCAGCAAAGAAAACGAUCUGAAGAAAUUUACAUGUACCUUGUUUUAUUCUAAAACUUAUUAUUGCAUAUGUAAUUUAAGCUUGGCUUGAGGAUACCUUUAACAAAUUGACAAAAAUGUUAUUUUUUAAAUGUAUGAUAAAAUUUAAAAUUGUUCUUGUAUAUCAAAAGAAGUUGGUAGUCUCGAAUAUUCGAAUCUUUUGUCAGUUUUAAACAUUACUUAAUGUGAAAAAUUACUGAAUAUCUCUUUGGUAAUAGUAGUAAUUGUUAAAACUGGUAGUUUUUAAGUGUUAAUUGUUAUGGAACAUACAACAUGUUUAUACUUUGACUUUAAAGAUUGUUGAAAACCCAAGAAAAAAACACAACUAAAUACCAUAUUAUAUUAUUCUUAUGUCUGCAGAAAGCGAGAAAUAUAGUACUCAAAUCGGAUAUAUUAUUAUAUUGAAAACACACAUAUUUUUGAAAGAACAUUAUUCAAGCCGUUUGUGCAUCAAUUAGGAAUGAAACAAAUCACUUGAUUUGAUUUAUAAUCAAUAAACAAAUAUUCUUUCAAAAUUUUCGAAAGUUUUAUAUAACAAUAAGUAUGUUUUCGAUAUACUUCUUGAUAUAGUAACUCCUAUAUUUUAGAUCAAAAGUUCAUUUGCAUUAACAGAUCGAUUUAUUAACAGAAAGGAAUCAUUUCUUGAUCUAUCAUUUUUCUUCGUUUUUUCUUGUAUAGUAUUGUAUGCUAGAUUUUCCUGCGCUUUAUAUGUAAUAUUUUUAUGCAAAUUCAAUUUCAGAAUCUUAAUAAAAUGUACUUACACAAAUAUUUGUAUUGCCGAUAGUAAGUACAUUUUUAGUUUGCUAAUUUGAUUUAGAAAACGAAAUGUGAACAGCGAAGAUCGCUUUUAAUCGAUCGAGUUCUCUUCAUUUAUUUUAUUAUGAUACCCACUAGAAACGACUGCCGAUUAAUCAAAUUAUACUAAAGCCAAAAUUGUACGAAAUGAAAAAAACAUCGUUUUUUAUAAAUAUAUUAGGUAGCGUAUGCAAGUGAUCUCAUAUGACAUGACCUGGUAGGAUACAUUUACAAAAUUUAUCAAUACAAUUUUAUUAUUUUUCAAUUUUAUGAACAAAAAAGUAAUUAGUUUUAAUGGUCUAACUAGAGUUUGUUAAAUAAUUUGUAAUAUUUUUUCAAGCAUUAGUUUAAAACAUUUUUAAUUUCAUUAAACUAAUAAUGAAUAAAUUUAUACUAAACAAUAUUGAGGUAAUAAACCAAUAGUAUACAAAUAUCAAUUUAAAUAGAAUAUAUGCUAGAUAUUUAAAUUCUACGCGCGUCCUAACGUACGCACUCUAUGUUCAGAAUUUCACUUGUAAGUAAUAAUUUAUUGUUCUAAUUAUGUACAAGAAUCGAUGUAUGAACAAAAAUAAGCAAAAAGUUAAUUUUAUGGGGCCUUCGCUAUAUUAAAUAAUUUUUUAUUCACUUCAAAAUUAGUUAGUUCGUUGAUUUCAACAAUACAGCACUGCAAAAUGGAAGGAAUAUACUUUCUAAUAACAAUUCGAUGGCUGUGCAAAGUGAUAAAACAAAAUAGAUGAUUCAAGAUUGUAUAAUUUCAUAUUUAUUAUUUUUUCUGCAUCAUUUAAAUAAUCGUUUUUAAAGUGUGCCUCUUAAAGUCUAAAUAUUGAGAAGAACGUUCAUUGCUUUGAACAAAGAAAUAAUCAGCAAGAAAGUUUAUUCGAAUUAAUGUAUGCAUAAUAAUUAUAAUUUUUAACAAAAGAAGAGCUUCUACGUGUCACAAAAACUUAAAUUUAUAACAUAUAUUCAUUAAAAAAAGCGAUUGCAUAAUAUGUGAACCAGGGCAUAUGCGUUCAUACUUUCAUCGCAAGCGCGAUUGCACCAAAAACUCAUCUGCAUAGAAUGAAAGAAAGUUGAAAUUUGUAUUUUAAUCAUAUACUGUCUUUUUGUCUCCAACAGAAAAUGUCUAAUCUACGGUUCUUUAGACCGAGUGACAAGUGUAUGUUCUUUAAGUUCUUUUAUAAAUACAGUACUCUUUUCUAUACUUGUAAAUAUUAUAGAUUUUAUGAAAACUAAUGAUCCUGUUUAUUUGUCAGCGGAAUUAAUAAAUAUAAGUUUCACACGAAAGUAUAAGAUGCGUAGAAUCAAAAGAAAAAAAUCAGAUAUAAGGAAGAAGGGUUUAAAAUAAAUUGUUUUUCUUCAGGUGGAAUUAAUCGUAUUUUAUAAAAGUGGCUGGUUCAAUAAAUUCGAUGAAACAAUUAGCAAAUUUAAAUGUGUAAGCAAGAACGAUCUAUAAGUACUUAUCAGCUUUAGGAAAGAGAUUCAGCAAAGUAUGAACGACUCUUCAUUAAUGAAAAGAAUAGAGAAUUAGUAGUGUAUUUUUUCUAAAUGAAAACGUAUUUUAUAAACUUCUUGACCACAAGUACAUUUUUUCAUGAUAGACUUAAAAAAAUACAACUUCGUUCCCGAAAUGAAUGUAUGUCAAGGACCUAACUGCUAUUCAAUUUUUAAGGAUCUAAAUGAUUUAAAAAACAAGUUUGUAUAAUUGGAAAUUAAAGUGAGAAUUGAAAAACCGAAUAAGCAUUGAUUUCGAAGAAGUAAUUUUAAGUGACAAAAUGAUUUUUAAGGAAAAAAGAGAGAAGAGUAACGUUUUUCAUCUGACAUCUGGGCACACAUAAAAAAACUAUAACUAUGAUAAUAAAAAUAAUGGACGAGUUUUUUCCUUCCCCGUCAUACGAAUUUUUUGCGAGCGACUUUGAAUGAACAAAGUGAACGAGCUAUUUUCCCGAUGCGCAUGCGAUACAAAGACUUGAUUUUUCUGAAUAACAUAAGUUGUGACAGCUAAAAUUAUCGUACAAUAGAAAAUGUUUGUUUAGUACGGAGACAAUAUACAAGUGCGAUAAAAUUUGUGUUGCGCGCUUACAUUUGCACGCAUCUAUUAUGAAUGUGAACUGUAUUUGCCGAGCAAACGAUGUUUUUUCUUUCGCGCGGAUUCCUGGUGUGAACUUGGAUAAUUGUCUAAAACGAGAUUGAAAAAUCUAAAGAAUUAUUGAUAAAAUAAAAGAUGCUU